AUGCCAGUAUAUAUCCGGAAAGGACCCCUGGAGAUUCCCUCUUAUGAAGAACAGGAUUGGAUUAAGGAUGAAGAAGGAGAUUAUUUCCUAAAGGAUCCAGAUCAAAUCCUUGAUUCCCUGCCCCAGCCCUUCCGGAUGAUCAAUAAACUGGUGAACCUACUGUUUGACCAGGCAUGGGAAAUCAUUGAGGAAAGAGAAGCAGCAAAGGCAGUUACAAUACUUAAGAUUCAGCCAACUGUCUAUUUACCAACUCACAAACUCCAGCUUUCAAGUGUGCCAAACUGCAUUGCCAUCUGUAAAGGCUAUGUAUUUGUUGGGUCAUCCAGAGGAUUGAGAGUCUUCAAUGCAUUGUUCAAUUAUUCACGGGUUUGUAGUUGGGAUUCACUCAAAGUUGAGAUCGUGUCCAUCUGGGCUACAGAUAUUGGGAAUGAAGUAUUUGUUGCUACUGUGGAUGAAAUGGGUGUUGUUCGUCUCUUUUAUUUUUGCAAAGAAUUUCUUUUCCUAAUCAAAGCCAUCAAUGAAGUGGAAGAUAUUAGCAAGCAGACUACAUGUUUGAAUUUGCAAGUUUCUUCUGAAGGGAAUUUUAUGGCCAUACUUCUCCAAGGAACUGGGGAUGUUUGGCUAGACGUGUAUCGAUUGCCCAAGGACUUCUGGCUUAAGGAGGUGGAGCAACCCCAUUCAUCUUUUCUGUCAAAGAAGAAAAUUAGCCAUUUGCAUCUAAAAUCCGUUGAAUCACCAGAUCUUUCAGAAGCGGAAAAUUAUCCUAUGAAAACAGAUGUUAAAUUAAGUGGUCCCAUUCAAAUAAUGAAGCUUAAACCACCCAAACCAGUUACAGGUACUCCAUUUAAAAGCCCACUGGAAGUCUUCCAGAAGUUAGAAGAUGUGUGUGGUUUGGGCUCUGGGCAAAACCACAUGAUAAAAGAUAGCCAGUUGGAGCAGCAGGCAGCAAUCUUUGAAAUUUUAUUUAAAAAGUAUCUGCAUGUGGAAUGCCCAGAGGAAAAUCCAAGUGUUGCAAAGUUCCAUUUUCUCUUCCCUGGACAUACACUUAUGUGGCCAACUGAAACCAAGGUUCCCUCAGAUGUGGCCUGUGCUCUGGGUAUACACUGGCCUGGAAAUCAUAAUUUCUUCCUCUAUUCACUUGUCCUACCUCCAAGAGACAAAGAGAAAGAGAAGGAGAAAGAGAAAGAGAAAGAGAAAGAGAGAAUCGACCCUGAUCAGAAGCCUGAUGGAGUGUGGCCAGUUGCAGCACCAAUUACCAACUCAGCCAUCAGCCCCUGCACAUCUUACCUAUUGCUGGCUUGUGAUGAUGGAGUAAUUACAUUGUGGGAUAGAGCUCAUGGGUUCAAACUUUCUGUGGUCUCCCUCCCAGAGGGAUGUUUAUGCAAAAGUCUUCACUUCAUGAUAAAUUCUGGAAACCCAAAGGAAUACCCAUUCCCACAGGCCAUGGGUUCCUCCAAAGUAGAGGUUCUGGUGUUGUGCACUGAUGGGUCUCUUCACCUGAUAAAAUCCGAAAGAUGCAAGGAACCCAGCAUCAGCGUGCUUGUGGAGAGGCCUGUGAAGAAUCCAAAUGAAACUAUUUGUGCUGUGGCUCCCAUCUCAUCCUUACCUUCUAUGGUACUGCUCUUUAUUUGGGAUGGGUCAGUGUAUAUCAUGGAUGUGACCAAGUCACAGAUCAUCUGUGAAUUAGGUCCCCCUCCCUCUUAUCGUUUGGGAAACCCCUGGCAGCCCGUGUUUGCACUGUCUCCAGAAGGCCAACAUGUGCUUAUCCGGGGAGACAAAAAAGAUCAUGCUAAAUAUCUGAGUGAUGACAACCGAAUUUUUGUUUUUAAAUUUGAGUCCUACCAACUAAUAAAGACUUCCUUAUCUGAAGCUGAAUCUUCUCAGCCUGGUUCAUCAGAAAUUAGCAACCUUACCCACCAAUUGCCUUUGGAUAAGAGAUGUGAAAUUUUCCUCCAAAACCGACUUAAGAACUCUGACAAUACCGAGGAUUAUGGACCAGACUAUUUGUUUCAACAACGAAAAAGCUCCUUACUUCUGGAGAAAGAAGGCCACAAAAAGACAUGA